AUGAAAUGUAUCGUGUUUAUUAUUGUAUUUCUUAAUACGUUUUCCAAUACCUUUGCUUGGGGUUUUAAUUAUGAUUGCACAGAUAUUAGCUUUUUAAACAUUGAAUUUACGUCAAAUCAUCAGGUCGCAGUGACCGUACAUGGCCCACAAAGAGUUUCAAAUCCUGGUCAUGUCCCUUGUUGUUUGCAACAGGGGCCAAUGAUCAUUGGUAAUUAUAGAUUUUACAAAGAUAAAGAUAACCUAAAAGACCCGAUUGCUACUAUUUGGAAAGGCCGUCAAUGGAUAAAUGGUUACUCUGAGAAUAAUUCCGUAGAUCCAAAUGAUUGCGUAUAUCGGUCACAAACGGAUUGUGACAAAGUUUAUCAAGGAGCAAUUGAAUACAAGCGUGCUGACUAUUUUGAUCCUUCAAUGUUUCCCUCUCCAGGAGAGAGUGUCAUAAUAGCAAUGGAUGUAUAUGCACAUUGUGUUUUUGACUCUAGUUAUAAAGGGAAGUCCUUACCAUUCCCAGGUUAUAACAGCAGCAGCUCCAAAGAUAUCAGGAAUUCAGGAAAACGAAAUGAUUAA